AUGCCGGGAGUCCCCCAGGCCUUGAGCCGUCCCGCAGGUGCGGUUCAGAUGGCUCCGACGGCCAACAUGGACCCCGCCGGUAAGGCGGUCGCAUUGUCACUCCCGGCGAGCGCCCCCCCGCCGGCUCAUCAUGAUCAAAAUCAUCAGAAUCAUCCCGACGAGAUUGCAAACGACACCAGCCCGCAGAGCACGACGAGCUUGGCCGGCGUGCCGGUCACGGAUAGCCCUACCCCCAUGGAGAUAGACGGCAGCGGCCGAGGCGAACCCCUUCCGCAGUUGGCUGUCCAGGACGAUCGGGCACCACCCGGGUCGUUGUCCUACCCGCCGUCCCUGCAGGCCAGUGCAGUGCUGGAGCAGCCUGCUCGCGGCAUGAGCUUCCCUAUGCCCAGCCAGAUGCAAACCUCGCCGACUCCUUCAAGCGGCAGGAAACACAAAUGCCCCUACUGCAACACCGAGUUUACGCGUCACCACAACCUCAAGAGCCACUUAUUGACGCAUAGUCAGGAAAAGCCUUACGUCUGCACAGAUUGUCAAAUGCGCUUCCGCAGGCUCCACGACCUCAAGAGGCACGGCAAGCUGCACACGGGUGAGAAGCCUCAUAUCUGCACCAAGUGCGACCGAAAGUUCGCCAGAGGCGACGCGUUGGCGCGACACAGCAAAGGCUCCGGCGGCUGCGCAGGCCGUCGAGCGAGCUUGGGGAGCUUUGCUGACGGAGACGAGCUCGGAGGUGUCAUAGGCGAUGGCAUCGAAUCGGCCAUGUCGACCAUUCCUUACGACGCCGUCGAUGAGGAUUUGCGAAGGCAGAGCCUCCCCGGCAUAGGAAGCCAGCACGCGGCGCCUACCGAUUCGUACGGAGCACAUCCACGCACGUAUCCACCAGCAGGGCCGCCGCGCCCGAACACCACCGUCGUGUACCCUCCCAAUGCCAAUGUUAUGCCGAAUCAGCAGACGAAUGCAACCUCCAACAGCGCACAUAGUAUUCCAAACAACAUGACGAGUGGCCAUACCGCCAACACGGUCGUCUCCGCCCUCGCCGGUGGGGGGGCCAAUGCGGCCGUGUAUUCCCAGUCGGUGAUGACGGAGAGUCCGAAGCCGAUGAGCCCGGAUCACGAGCAUGAGCAAGAACACCAACACGAGAACGAGCACGAGAACGACCUGAACAACAACGGUCCCCGUCCGCGAUCGCCCGGCCCACCCCAGCAGCUGCAACAGCGACCGCCGGGCAGGCGGCCAUCGGCGCUGCAGUCCCCGGAAAGGGAACAGCCUCGACCCAAGCUACCCGCUUUGUCACAUCAUGGCUUCGCGGCGUCAGGUUCGGCGGGAUACCUUCACGGCAGACCGCCUGCGACGGCGCAACCCGGUGGUGGUGUUGAGAGCGGCAACAUGUUCGCCCAGAGCGACCCGAGCGUAUGGGCGUAUAUCCAGACGCUCGAAGAAAAGGUUAAAUCAUUGGUGGACAAGAUGCUCUUUCUGGACGAGGAGGUGGCCAAUUUGAAGAAGCAGGUAGAGCGCGAAGGCCGAGACGCCAUCUCCUGA